GGAACCUUUGAGAAGUCGACCCAUUCUCUAGUUUUGCACCAGUCCCGCUUAGUGUGUGUGUCAUUAGUGUUGGUUGCAAGUCUGAAGCCUUGAGCGAGAUUUGCAGGAUUUUCUCAUACGCUUCUGAUUAGGAAAGAUACAUCCUUAUUAGUCUGUUAAAGAUGGCCACCGAGCGUGUGUCUCAGGAGACGACCUCGCAGGCCCCUGAGGGUCCAGUUAUGUGCAAGAACCUUUGCGGCUUCUUCGGCAGCCAAGCUACCAUGGGGUUGUGCUCGAAGUGCUACCGAGAGACAGUCAUGCAAGCGAAGAUGACGGCUUUAGCUGAGCAAGCCACUCAGGCUGCUCAGGCGACAUCUGCCACAGCUGCUGCUGUUCAGCCCCCCGCUCCUGUACAUGAGACCAAGCUCACAUGCGAGGUUGAGAGAACAAUGAUUGUGCCGCAUCAAUCUUCCAGCUAUCAACAAGACCUGGUUACCCCCGCUGCAGCUGCCCCUCAGGCAGUGAAGUCCUCUAUCGCAGCUCCCUCUAGACCCGAGCCCAAUCGAUGCGGAUCUUGCAGGAAGCGUGUUGGAUUGACAGGAUUUAAGUGUCGCUGUGGCAACCUCUACUGCGCUUUACAUCGGUACUCGGACAAACACACUUGCACAUAUGACUACAAAGCCGCAGGGCAGGAAGCGAUUGCGAAAGCUAAUCCUCUUGUCGUGGCCGAGAAGGUUGUCAAGUUUUGAUGAGCAUCCGUUAAGCUUUUCUGCCGACGAUUUAGGCUUCAUACAUUGAGUAACUCUACAUCUUUCUUCUUUAUCGAGAGAGCGAGUCGCAUCAAGAUGAAGUCGAGGGGUGCGCGUCGGUUUUGGGGAGAGGGGAUUUCUUUCCCCUUUCCCCCCUUGGCGGCAUCGUGUUUUAUGUGUACAGAAGUAGGUUAGGACAAGAUAGAAUCAUAUGCCAGAUCAAUUGAUAGUCCUCUUUAAGGAGGACACUUAUUACACAAUUUAUGUAUCCUGGGUAAUGCAUGCCUUGAUUGUGUUGUUUUUUCC